AACAACCCUACCACUCAGCCGUCUCCAUAUUGUAUAAAAUGGCCCCAAUCUCAUCGUCAGAUUCGGCCUCCCUUCUGCUUCUACCAGCGCUUUCAAUAUCCUCUCCCACAAGCUCAUUAAGGUCCGCAUACAAGACCUCGCUCGAAACUCUUUUUCCUAGGCUGGUAGCCUCAGGCUCCACAGCCACCAUUUCCAGGUUGGAUAUUGCCCUGUGUCUCCACCCAUCCUAUCCAGCUUCUACUACCCACUCCCGCUCUGCUGUCUUCGCGCCUCUCCAACGUCUCCUCUCGUCUGUAUACAGCCUAGUCGUCUCCGUUGCUGCCACCUCUCACAUCGAUCUCGACCUCCCUGGUGGUCUGGACGUCCGAGUCUUUUUCGUUGACUCGCCUGUCGAAGGAGCCUCAAGCAGUGGAAAACAACACAUCUCUGGACCUGUCGUGGAUUUACUAACCUUGGUCACCUCCUUACGCCACUACUCCGCACUAUAUUCAGUCGAUGGAGAAGCUGGGGAAUCCUUUUUGAAGCUGGUUACCACCACAUACAAUUCCAAGAAUCAACCCAUUCCCCCCAUUCACCGUCUGCCCGCGGGCCCCUCCCUCAAUUACGAUCAGAAUUCAUCUCAGCCUAGCAACUCUUUGGUCCCAGAUGGCCCGGUAACUUCUCACGCCUCCGUGGCAGUCGGUGGUACAUUUGACCAUCUUCAUAUUGGCCAUAAACUUCUCUUGACAUGCACCAUCCUUGCAGCCGAUCCUCAAGCAUCUCCUCGCCUCAUCACAUGUGGCAUCACCGGCGAUGAGCUAUUAGUCAACAAGAAGUACGGAUCUAUUGUGGAAUCGUGGCACGAUCGUCAAGUUCGGACCGCCCAAUUUGUCGAGUCAAUCCUUGCUUUUCAUCCCGACGUGUCCUCCCUCCGCAAGACCGAGUAUCUCGACAGUCCAGGUCCAAAUGGCAAGGUUGUACGUGUCACUUAUUCAACGCCCCCAAUGGACUCCACUUCGGACGAUUCAAUCACUAUUAAUUAUACACAACUCUCGGAUCCCUACGGCCCCACAAUUACCGAUCAAGCCAUUUCUGCCAUUGUCAUCUCCGCUGAGACUAGAGCUGGUGGGAAGGCGGUCAAUGAUAAGCGGCAAGACAAGGGCUGGAAGCCGCUCGAGGUAUUCGAGAUCGAUGUCUUGGAUGCAGGCUCGAUUGACGAUGCACCGUCGGAUACUGUGGCGGGGCAUAGCCUUGAAAAGGGUUUCGCCGACAAAAUUUCGAGUACUGAGAUUCGCCGGAGGUUGUUGGAGCUGCAAGAGAAGAGCACAUGAGCUGCCACUUUUCCC